UAAACAGGUAAUACAACUUUGUUUCACAUUUCGCGAUCUCCGGUCACCUGUGCAUGUCGUGUACGAUGGAUCGUAUAUUCAAACUGGCGAUUCUUUUGUUAAUAGCAGACGGCCCUAUGGUCAAUUUUAGGGUGUUUGCGAGAGCCAUGUCCACGGUUGCUAAGAACUUUGAAGCCAACGGCGUGGUGCCUGACGUCGUCCCGAAGGCGCCAAAUGCAUUGGUUACUGUUAAGUAUCCAAGUGGAGUGGAAGUGAACGAAGGCAAUGAGCUGACGCCGAGACAGGUGAAGGAUGUGCCAAGUGUCAGCUAUGACGCCAGCCCUGAUAGCUUCUACACCUUGGCUUUGACCGAUCCAGAUGCACCUUCCCGAAAGGAGCCAAAUAUCCGUGAAUGGCACCACUGGUUGGUUGGAAACAUUCCCGGGCAAAACGUCGCCUCGGGUGAGACAUUGUCCGCGUUCAUCGGCUCUGGGCCUCCAGAGGGCACUGGUCUCCACCGAUACGUGUUUUUGGUGUACAAGCAACCAUCUAAGUUGACAUUUGAUGAGCCAAGACUACCUGAAUCCAGAGACAAGCGAGCCAUGUUCUCUAUCGCCAAGUUUGCAGAGAAAUACAAAUUGGGUGAUCCUAUUGCGGGUAAUUUCUACGAAGCCCAAUACGACGAUUAUGUUCCUGAGCUGUACAAACAGCUCGAUUCCUAAAUAUUUGAGAACCGGCUGUAAAAUUAUCAAGUAAUUUUACGACAUUAUUUAAAUCAAUAAAAUGUACUGAAAAUUAUUUCUAUUCAAAUGUAAUGCGUGAAUCGGAAUAUAUUUUCUAUAUUAUUUGCUGAACUGGUACUUCUAAUGUCGUGAAACCCAAUUGUUAGUGCAUUUGUAGGAAUCAGUGUCGAAAAGCCUUGUAUCCGCCGAUAAAAUUGGCGGUUAGAUUUAAGAAAUCCAUUAAAGAAUUAUCAAGUUA